AUGACUGUUCACCAAGGCCGUAUCUUUCACUUCUCAGAGUCCCACCCGAUCUACAUCGUCACCACCGAGCUCUCUACCUCUUACGAUAAACAAGUCACCACCGACCUUCCAAGCUCUUAUGAUAGACAACUCACCACUAGAACUGCCCAUCAACCCGAACCUCAACUGACGACACGCUUGCUUAUCAAGCGCGCCAUGUCUGCAAGUUAUGCUACAAUCACGUCCACCCCGAAACCUCUCCCGACACCUAAAGAACGCUAUGACGCCCUCAUCGCCACCUAUGCCGCCAAACCCCUCCGGCUCGUCACGCUCGAAGUCCUCGGUAUGCUUGACACUCCUCUCUGCGCCGAAGAUUCACCCGCGCUCCCGCUCGUCGAGCACUGCGUCGUCGUUACCGUAGACACGGAAGCAUGGACCGCAAACACAGACCAGAUGACAGAGAUAGGAAUCGUGAUCGCGGAGUACAAAGACGGGAAAGAAAUUGGCGCGGAGAUUGGAGACUACGCUGAGAACGUCAUGAAGAAGAUGAAGUAUCACCACCUGCGCAUCUGUGAGAAUGCUCAUCUCAAGACAACUUCGCCUUGGAUGCGCGGACCAGAAGGCAAUCGCUUCGGACAAUCGCGCUUCGUGACCUUCGCCGAGGCGCGCAGGAUCCUGGACAGAAUCCUCAACCAGCCCAUCAUCUCUGAUGACCCAGACCUCGCAGGCCUGAAGCGCCCCAUCAUCCUCGUCGGCCAUACGCUCGAUCACGACACGGAGCACAUGCAGUCCACCGGGCUAAACUACGACUUCACCCAGCACGCCACCAUCGUCGCGGAAAUCGACACGCAGAAACUCGUGCGCGAGCUGUCCGCCUGGACCGCCCCGGAUUUCCCCGGCAACAAAAUCGGCCUCGACGUCCUGUGCGAACAAGUCUUCAACUUCGCGCACGAAGACCCACAUACCGCGCUCAACGACGCCGCGCGCACCAUCUUCUGCGCUGUCAACCUCGCGCUAAGGAAUUGGAUGGCGGGCAGGAGGCGAAAUAUGGCCAAGACGAUGCAAGCUGUCGCUACGGAAAUCGAGGAGUACUCACAAGACAACUUCGCGUCGGCGUGGGGCAGUGUGGCAUUUUGUACGCGCUGCGGCGGCCGCGAUCACACAAACAUCCUCCAACAAUGUGCAGCGCCAGUGUACUGUCUGGCCUGCGAGCGCUUCGGCGACACGGAGACGCAUGUCCGCAGCCACACGGAGCGGUUCUGCGUACACGUCGCUGAGUUCAUCGGGUGGAAGCGCCGCGUAAUCGACGCGCGACGGAAGAUCAAUUACCUGCCUGCUGGGCCGCCAGAGGGCUCGCAUCCCCCGUCGAAGUGGCGUGGUAUCUGGCCGAUGGAAUCGCCUGAGGAUGUGCUGGUACCAGAGCGGGCGGCGACGCCGCCGCCAGGUGACUUCGUGCGGAAGCCGAGUGAUUUUGAGCCGGUGAGGCCGGUGGGGGAGAAGGGGGUUAAGGUUGCGACGAUGCAGUCGAAUGCGAGGGAAAGGGCGGAGAAGGAGAAGAGGGUUGGGAAGCAUGUUGUCAGGUCUGUGGGGGUGAAGAAGGAUGGGUGGAAGGCGGAUGAUGCGUGGAAUGGGACGGCAUGGUAG